AUGGAUACGGAUAGCGUAUCUGGACGUGUUAUCGCAUUUUGGAACGAUUGGCAGCUUCGGGCAAUGAUUUUGCUAAGUCUCUGGCUGCAAAUUUUCCUCACUGUCACCGGCAGUCGACGAAAGAAUACAGCUGGAAUCUGGCUCGGGGUGGUGGUUUGGCUAGCAUAUUCAUCAGCGGACUGGUUGGCAACCAUUUCAUUAGGUACCCUUUCUCGUAACCAAGGGAGUUCAAAUGGUACCGAUACAAAUGCAACCAUCCCAGCAUUUUGGGCACCAAUACUCCUCGUACACCUUGGUGGCCCAGACACCAUUACUGCCUAUGCAGUAGAGGACAACGAAUUGUGGUCGAGGCAUGUGCUUCAGCUUCUAACACAACUUGCGUUGUCCUUUUAUACAUCGUUGAGGUCAUGGUUGGGCAAUGAUCCGCUCGUAUAUGUAGCCAUUCCCAUCAUUGUUUCUGGAAUCAUCAAAUAUGGAGAGAGGGUUUGGAUUCUUUGGUUGGCAAGCUCCAACAACUUCAGAAACUCCGCAAACAAAGAAAGAAAGCUUCUACGAGAGCAAAUAGAUCAGCGAAUUGCAAGCAGUGAGUUGAAUAACAUGGAAAUUACAAGCCGUCGAGACCAAGUUUUGGGAUUGAAUAACGUAACACGAGAGGCAAAACAUCUCCAAGAAGCUCAUUUCUUAUUCCGAACUUUGAAGUUACUAUAUGGAGAUUACCUUGUUACAUUCCCAACUCAUAUGAUCAGCUAUCAUAUCUUGAAGACCAAGAAUGCCACCGAAGCAUUCAAAUUGAUAGCAGUUGAGUUGGGUUACAUGUAUGAUGUACUUUUCACCAAGAUGAUGACAGGGGUUUUCUGGCAGGCUCGCUUCACUCUCCGAGGUAUCAACUUUCUCUUCUCUGUCUCUGCAUUACUUACGUUCUGGAUAAUGGCCAGAAACCGCAGUGCCUACUCCAGAAGUGAUACUACUAUAUCAUACUUGUUGCUGGGCGGAGCUAUUGUUCUAGAGAUUUACUCAGUCGUUUGGAUGCUGUUCUCUGAUUGGGCUAUGCUUUGGCUUAGCAAGCAGCGGAAGCCGUUGGCGGAUUCGGUUUAUCGAUAUAUUUGUUCUUCUCGAUUGCUAUCGUCUCUUCUUAUUCAUAAAAAAAGGUGGAAAGAAUCUAUAGACCAACAUGCCAUACAUAAGCAAAUGACGCCAAGUAUGCCUAUGGCAGAUUUUUUCUCCACUGAACACCACUUUAGGAGAUGGAAAGUGGAGGUGGAUAUUGAAUUGAAGCAAUUGAUCUUCGAUCAUCUCUUAAAUAAGCGUAUAAGAUACAGUCCGCAAGAUGAUCAAAAGAAGAUAUUGGCAGAGAGAGGUGAUCAGGUGCUCAGAAGUAAGGGAUGCCUCGACAAAUUUGACUGGUCUGUGGUCGAAAUAGACUUUCAUGAAAGCUUCCUAUUAUGGCACGUUGCGACUUGUUUUUGUCACAAAGGUCAUGCUGAAUCUUCUGAAGUUCUAGCAAGCAUAUCUUUAGCCAAUUACAUGCUGUAUCUUCGGAGUGAUUUGCCGUUUAUGCUACCCAAAGAGAUUGGUGAAGCAAAGUACAAGUCAACCAGCACAGAAGCGAGUUUAAUGGGAACUGAAGAGGGACAAUUCGAAGGGUCAGUGCUAUCUGAUGGUCGCAAGCUCGCCAGUGCAUUGGAUUUGCUGGAGACUGAGGAUGGUUGGACAGAUGGAGAGAAAUGGGAGAUGAUAACUCAAGUGUGGGUGGAGAUGCUAACUUUUGCUGCGGUUCAUUGUGGAUGGAAGGAGCAUACAAAAGCACUUACACGAGGUGGAGAGCUACUCACUUUUGUGGCCAUUCUUAUGUCUCAUCUUGGCAUAAAUGAGCAGUGCAUGUAUAAGUUCACUUAG